CUCUUGCGCAUCUUUAGUCACGCGUCCAUCUCUACGCAAAUUUGCGCUUUAAUUAGACAUUUCUUACUUUUGAAGAUCAGAUACAGACGAUGAGUUUUAAUAAUAAAGAUAAGCAAGUGUAUUGCGAAGAAAUUGACGAUGACAAUGAUUCGUUUCACUCCUUCGCACAGAGCGAUUUCGAUUCAGCCAUAUUGGAAUCUCUAACCGACGUAGAAAACUCCAUAGCAGAAUCACCGAAAUUCGAGAAGAAUGCUUAUAAGAAAAUAAAGCCAAGCUUCCAGGCAGCCUAUUCUGCUCCCAAGUCACCUGACACCUGUAGCUUGGAUGCAAAUGCGUCUUUUGUAAGCCCGAACCAAUAUCACACCCCCGACUUGCAGCCGUCAAGGAAGAACUUGAAAAAGUCUCAUUACAUGGUGGAAGGCAAUUCGGAAAUGCCUGAUAUGGAUCUGUUCAACAUGAAUGCAACCCCGUCAAACAAGAAUGAUCCAAUGAAUAUCAGUAUCGGCACGGAAGUAUUGCAAAAGUAUGCCUUUACCGAAAUUUGGCUUGAAGAGCAACAAAACAAUCCGGGAAAAAAACGAUCGCUGCAACGGGAAUUUACAGCCGCAUUGGAUAAUUAUUUCCAUAAGGACAAAAAAGUCAAUAAACUUGAAAGUUUGACGGACGAGGAGUUUGAUCGAAAAAAGGGCCACUUGAACACACAACUUUUUAUAAAGCCCAGCAAAUUAACUACCCCUACAUCGGCUAGCUUUCAAACUGUUUCCGAAAGCACCCCGUACGUGUCGCCUUUCGAGGACAUGCCUCCUAUGCAUGAAGAUAUGAUAUUGACCGGGCCCAAUGCCUACAUCACUGUGCCAGCUGGUUUUGAUCUGACUAACCUGGUCGAGUACAAUGAUCCCAAUCAUUGGCAUCGCCGCCCAACUACUCGAAACGAUUAUCACCCAUAACUAUAAUUAAAAUUGCAAGCCGGAUAUUGCAUUUUCAUAAUAAGUCACAUUGAAGUGUAUCGACCUAUUUUUCAUUUAUUAUCUAUUCUUAAGAUCCUGAAAAAAGCUAAACAUAAGCGUUAGUAUCAAAAUAAUAAUAAACUUUAUUUCAGACGUGUAAUAUGAAUUAUCUGUUAAUAUUCAAAAGACUGAUUGAGUUCUUUUUUAGAGUAACAAUGAAUAUGCAUCUUACUAUUAUAUCACAUAGCUGGCUUAAGAAAAAUUAGCAUUGAGUUAAAUUCUUUUGUAUUACUUAUGUCCACUAUUUACUAAUUGAUGUAUUAUGUUGUUUAGUUAUAAAUGUCAUCAUCCUAAAUGCUUACCGAAACAAUGAGUAUUAUUACUUUUCAUGAGAAUUAA